UCUCUGCUUUCUGAUUGGGUGGAGGUGAAACAGCAAGAUAGCCAAUGAAAACCUAGAUCUGUAAGUGUCGUUUGAAUUCGCAUUUGUGACGACACACUCAACAUUAGCCCAAUCAUAAGCGAAAAUUUACAAUCCUCAUUUGAAUACCGCAGCUAUAAAUGAGUGUGGCGUUCUCGGACUAAUUAUUUUCUCAGGUGUUGCUUACUGGCGCAAUAUUUAGGGUUACAAUGCCUGAGCCAGCGAAGUCCGCUCCUGCGCCGAAGAAGGGCUCCAAGAAGGCAGUGACCAAGGCGCAGAAGAAGGACGGCAAGAAGCGCAAGCGCAGCCGCAAGGAGAGCUACUCGGUCUACGUGUACAAGGUGCUCAAGCAGGUGCACCCGGACACGGGCAUCUCGUCCAAGGCCAUGGGCAUCAUGAACUCGUUCGUCAACGACAUCUUCGAGCGCAUCGCGGGCGAGGCGUCGCGCCUGGCGCACUACAACAAGCGCUCGACCAUCACGUCCCGGGAGAUCCAGACGGCCGUGCGCCUGCUGCUGCCCGGCGAGCUGGCCAAGCACGCCGUGUCUGAGGGCACCAAGGCCGUCACCAAGUACACCAGCUCCAAGUAGACUCUGCACCACCCUGCUUGUGGCCCGGGAGAGCAAUAGAGGACGGCCCAAAGCCCUGGGAUCCUGUGCCUGCAUGAGUGACCCGGAAGCAGCUGCUGGCCCUUGACUUCAGAUCAGCUCGGAGCUGAGCUCUGGCCAUUGCAACCACUUGGGGAGUGAAUCAGUGGAUGAAAGAUCUUUCUCUCUAUAAAUCUGAUUUUCCAAUAAAAAAUAAAUAAAUGAUUAAAAAAAACUG